AGGACCGGAGAACAGGAUACUAGUUUCUGUUGCUCAGUUAUCUUUCCACUAAUGGAAUCAUCUGCUUUUCCAGGAUGGUGGCUGACUGGGAAGACAUUGAAAGGACAAUCUUAUCCCAAGCCUUCCAUCUCAGUGGUCCCCAGUAAAAUUGUCCCCCUGGGAGGCAAUGCUACCAUCCGCUGCAAGGUGCACAGUGAAGACUAUGCACAAGCAACAUUUGUUCUGUUCAAAGAACUGGAUUCAUCUUUGCAUGCUUCAGUGGUCAAGAAGUCAGAGUGGAAUGAGGUUGCAUUUUUCUUCGUCAAUGUCAAACUAUCAGAUGGUGGGAACUACCGGUGCCGAUAUUGCUUCAACUCUUUCUCUGGCGACAGCUGCUCACGUUUAAGUGACAGUGUAAAGGUCAAGAUAAGAGCUCUGCAUUUUCCCAAGCCUUCCAUCUCAGUGAGCCCCAGUAAUAUCGUCAAGUUGGGAGGAAAUGUCACAAUCCACUGUAACAGUCAAGGCUACCAAGAUGUAGAGUUCCAACUCUACAAAAAAGUGGGUCCAUCUUUGUUUCAUGUUGUAAUGGAGAAAGACCGGCAAAAAGGGGUCAUAUUUGCUAUUGCCAACGCCACACUAUUCCACGGAGGAAUCUACAGGUGUACAUAUUGUUUCAAGUCAACCUUCUGUGAACGGUGCUCAAAUUUCAGCAACAGCAUAUAUAUCUACAUAAGAGAUCCCAGCCUCUCCAAACCAUCCAUCAGAAUGAGACCUGGGGACACACUUGCGGAAGGCUUCAAUGUCACCAUCGAGUGUCACGGACCGGAGAAUGGCCUGAACUUUUCUUUGCACAAGUCCAGCAACCUGAUAGCAUGGCAGAUGGCAAAAUCGGACGGAAACACAUCUGAGUUCUCUCUUUCCAUGAUCAGGCUGGAGGAUGAAGGGAAUUAUACCUGUCAGUAUCACCGCAGAGGACAUGCCUUUCAGUGGUCGGAGCCAAGUGACGCAGUGGGGUUGGAACUUGUGACAGCAAACACUUUUACAUCCAUGGAGAUCAUCAUCCGCCUGGGAGUUGCUGGCUUGGUGCUGCUUUCCUUGGUGCUGAUUGUGGCUGAGUUCAUGUGCAGCAGCUUCAGAUGGACCGAAGUUGGUCAAAAUCUCACACAGAGUGUUUGCAAGAGCAGGCCUGGGAGAUUGGAGGCCCGGCUUCCAUUUCUGUUGCUCAGAUAUCUGGACUCUAAAUGGAUCCUCUCCUUUCCAGGGUGUUGGCUGACCAGGCAGUGGCAGAUCUCCAGAGGACAGCUUUAUCGGAAGCCUUCCAUCUCAGUGAGACCAAGUCCUCAGGUCAUCCUAGGUGAAGAUUUCUAUAUCCACUGUGAGACUGAAAAUAACUCAGAAGCAACCUUCUACCUUGUCAAGGAAGGGAGUUCAGCGACUGUGGAUUCUAAGACUGCCUCACAGUAUACAGAUUUCAGCCUUUCUAAUGCCAAACAUGUAGAACCCAAUGGCGGGUUCUACAAGUGCAAAUAUUGCUUUAAUGAAUAUAAAUGCUCAGAUUUCAGCGAUAAUGUUUAUGUCAACAUAACAGGGGACCUUUCUCCAAAGCCUGCCAUCUUUGUGAGGCCCAGUCCUCUCGUCGUCCCAGGGACACGAUUCUACAUCCACUGUAGAAAUGAAUAUCGUAGAAAUGAAUACCGUGAACAAGCAACUUUCUAUCUCUUCAAGGAAGGGACUCCGGGGCAUUUGUUUUCUAGGACUGAUUCAUUAAGUCCUGCAUUUCUUAUUCCUAAUGCCAAGGAAACAGAUGGAGGGAUCUACUGGUGUUCAUAUUGCUUCAUUCAAGACCAAGUUCGAAAAUGCUCAGGUUCCAGUGACAGAGUUUACGUCAACAUAACAGAGCAUUUCUAUCCCAAACCUUCCAUCUCAGUCAGUUCGCAUGAGUUUAUUGCCUGGGGGGGAAAUGCAACCAUCCACUGUAAGAGUGAAGAGAACCCAAUGGCAGAAUUCACUCUGCUGAGAGAAGAUUCUUGGGGUUACCGUGAGAUCCAGAAGAUGGAACCAGGCAGUAUUUUAUUUCCCAUUCUCAAUGCUAAACGAACUGAUGGGGGGAUCUACUUUUGUACCUAUUGCUUCCAAUCAGACUUGGACUUCAAUCAGCGAUGCUCAAACUACAGUGACAGAGUGUACAUCAACAUCACAGAUCCCUGGUUUUCUAAACCUUCCAUCACUCUGACACCAACACAGCAGAUUUCUACUGGGAUGAAUGUCAGCAUUGAGUGUCAGGGGGCAGAGAGUUAUCUGACCUUCUCCUUGUUCAAAUCAAACAACCUGAUAGCAUCACAGGAGGCAGAAGAAAACAGAAAUGCAACCAAGUUCUUUUUCUCUGAAGUGAGGUUGGAGGAUGGAGGGAGCUACACCUGCCGAUAUCACCGCAUAGGAUUCCCCUUUCGUUGGUCAGAGUCAAGUGAUCCCAUGGAACUGGUUGUGACAGGACAAUAUCCCAAGCCCUCAAUUUCAGUGAUUCCCAGUCCUAAUGUCGCCCUUGGAGGUAAUUUCUACAUCCAAUGUCAGAGUCCACAUUACGGAGCCACCUUUGAUCUCUACAAGGGAGAACCUGCAAAGUAUGUGCGAUCUGAGAAAUCUUCGUCUUAUACAGUGGAUUUUUUCAUUUCUGAGGCCAAACUAGAACAUGGAGGAAUUUAUCAUUGUAGGUAUUGCUUCAAUGGCCCAUGUUCAUAUCUAAGUGACAGACUUUACAUCAACAUAACAGCUUCUCCCAAACCUUCCAUCUCAGUGAGCCCAGGUGAGGUGAUUGCUCUGGAAGGAAAUGCCAACAUCCACUGUAAGACCGAAAAACAGCAAGAAGCAGAGUUUACUCUACACAUAAAAAAUUCUUCAAAUACUUAUGAAAGCAAGAAGAUGGGAUCGGGAGAAGUUCUAUUUCCCAUUAUCAAUGCCAAAGAAUCAGAUGGGGGCAUCUAUCGCUGUAGCUAUUGCUUAAAGCUCGAGAACACUCAAGAAUGCUCAGACUACAGUGAUGAAGUACACAUCAAAGUAACAGCUUCUCCCAAACCUUCCAUCUCAGUGAGCCCAGGAGAGGUGAUUGCUCUGGAAGGAAACGCCAGCAUCCACUGUAAGACCGAAAAACAGCAAGAAGCAGAGUUUACUCUACACAUAAAAAAUUCUUCAAAUACUUAUGAAAGCAAGAAGAUGGGAUCAGGAGAAGUUCUAUUUCCCAUUAUCAAUGCCAAAGAAUCAGACGGGGGCAUCUAUCGCUGUAGCUAUUGCUUAAAGCUCAAGAACGCGCAAGCAUGCUCAAGCUACAGUGAUGAAGUACACAUCAAAGUAACAGCAAACACUUCUACAUCCAUGGACAUCAACAUCCGCCUGGGAGUUGCUGGCUUGGUGCUGCUUUCCUUGGUGCUGAUCGUGGCUGAGUUCAUGUGCAGCAGGCAAGGCCAGGAGCAUUACACGCACCCUCGCUCACUCACUCAGCGCGCUCGUUCGGUGUUCCCCGGACUCUCGCCUGGCACCCUCCAAAACUUGGCGCCCUGGCACCCCACACCACUAGCAUCUAUGGGGUGUUGGCUGACCAGGCAGUGGCAGAUCUCCAGAGGACAGCUUUAUCGGAAGCCUUCCAUCUCAGUGAUACCAAGUCCUCGGGUCAUCCUAGGUGAAAAAUUCUAUAUCCGCUGUGAGAAUAAACUUAACUCAGAAGCAACUUUCUACCUUGUCAAGGAAGGAAGUUUAGCAGCUGUGGAUUCUAAGACUGCUUCAUAUUAUACAGAUUUCCCCCUUUCUAAUGCCAAACAUGUAGAACCCAAUGGUGGGGUCUACAAGUGCAAAUAUUGCUUUACGGAAAAUACAUGCUCAGAAUUCAGCAAUAACGUUUAUGUCAACAUAACAGGGAAGCUUUAUCGAAAGCCUUCCAUCUCUGUGAGUCCCAGUCCUCUCGUCAUCCCAGGGACACAAUUCUUCAUCCACUGUAGAAAUGAAUACAGUGAACAAGCAACUUUCUAUUUCUCCAAGGAAGGGACUCCGGGGCAUUUGUUUUCUAGGACUGACUCAUUUAGUACUGUAUUUCGCAUUCCUAAUGCCAAGGAAACAGAUGGAGGGAUCUACUGGUGUUCAUAUUGCUUCAUUCAAGACCAAGUUAAAAAAUGCUCAGAUUCCAGUGACAGAGUUCACGUCAACAUAACAGAACAAUUCUAUCCCAAACCUUCCAUCUCAGUCAGUUCACAUGAAAUAAUUGCCCUGGGGGGGAAUGCAACCAUCCGCUGUAAGAGUGAAGAGAACCCAAUAGCAGAAAUCACUCUGCUGAGAGAAGAUUCUUGGGGUAACCGUGAGAUCAAGAAGAUGGAACCAGGCAGUAUUUUAUUUCCCAUUCUCAAUGCUAAACGAACUGAUGGAGGGAUCUACUUUUGUACCUAUUGCUUCCAAUCAGACUUGGACUUCAAUCAGCGAUGUUCAAACUACAGUGACAGAGUAUACAUCAACAUCACAGAUCCCUGGUUUUCUAAACCUUCCAUCACUCUGACACCAACACAGCAGAUUUCUACUGGGAUGAAUGUCAGCAUUGAGUGUCAGGGGGCAGAGAGUUAUCUGACCUUCUCCUUGUUCAAAUCAAACAACCUGAUAGCAUCACAGGAGGCAGAAGAAAACAGAAAUGCAACCAAGUUCUUUUUCUCUGAAGUGAGGUUGGAGGAUGGAGGGAGCUACACCUGCCGAUAUCACCGCAUAGGAUUCCCCUUUCGUUGGUCAGAGUCAAGUGAUCCCAUGGAACUGGUUGUGACAGACAUAUUUGCAGUCAUCCUGUGGGCAAGCAUUGCGGCUGGACUUUCCCUUCUGAUUCUCUUCCUGCUGGUACUUGCCUUUAUAUUGUACAGAAAAGGCAGAAAGGGUUCCACAGCCCACGAAAGAAGCCAACCACCGAACAUACCCCUGGAAUCCGACAGCAGAGAAGACCCUGAUGGAGUUUCUUACGCUGCCCUGAACCACGGGGCCCUGAAAUCCAAACAGGUACCCGAUGCUGACAGGAUCCCUGAAAGCUGUACUUACGCAACAUUGGCCCAAGGCAGACCAAAGUAGGACUGACAAGCAGGACCUCUUAGGAUGUAGAGACUUCUGGGACCUCGGCUGAUCCUUGGUUUGCAGGGACAUUUCUACCAGGACAAUGCUUCCUAGUAGAGCCUUCUUCACCGAGAGAACCUGCUGCUCCCACCAAAGAGCUGGACACUCAAAAUAUGUAUGUACUCUUCUUCUUUGACCACUGACUACCUCCUUUCUGUAGAGUUCUUCCUUAGGCUCCUGGAUCACUAAGGCGGUUUGCCCCUGCGGUUGAGAACAUCGCCUAAUCCAGGGCUGAGAAUCUUCAGCACUACAUUUUAUCAUAUGUGGCGGACGUCUAAGCCAAUAAAAGUUUUCUGGGAGAUGAUAUAUAAUGAAAUAGAAAAAAAUGUUUAAAAUAACUUCUGC